GGUCGGUCAAAGUGUGUUGGAUUGCCUUAUUAGCUUUUUUUUUUUUGGCUCUCCCAUAACAUUUUUUGUCUCUCUCCAGCAGUCCGGCACUUUCAAAGAUCUCCAGCAAUGAACGCUACGUCCUUCUCUACGCCCAGGCCCAAUUUCAUUGAAGACAACAGUGGAAGCGAUUCUGACACGAAUCCUGAUGCCGCGCCUCAACAUUAUCAGCCAAUCUCAGCCAUCGAUGUUGAUGAUGAUGAGGACGGCUCCUCCGAUCAAGGCAACUCAGAUGAAGAAUACCAUAGCUAUUCUCGAGGUGAAGCAGAGAACGGAAUCUCGUCUCUUCAUAUAAACGGCGACAUGGAGCAGAAGAGCAGCAGCAGCGAUGAAGAGGAGGCGGAGGAGAGAGUGACUGAGGCGUCUGAUUCGGCGAUACUCAGGGCUUUUAGAGAGGAUGAGAAUCGAAGAAACGCGCCGUUGACGGCUGAGAAUGCGAUGCGAGUGAGGGAAGCAAUGAGAGGGAUAUCGUUCGGAGGAUCCGCUCCCGAUUGGGCGGGUCGAGUUCCUGAAGAUGAGUGGAUCAAUCAGCUUCGGAGAUUGAGGCAACCGCCCGGCCCUUCAACUUCUGUCCAAAAUUAGAGCUAUAAUUAAUAAUUAUUUGCCAGAUUUUAGUACUUGCAGUCUUGAUUGUAACAACGGAUUUCCUUUUCUUUUCUCACUUUUGAAUGCUUGGAUUGAACUUGUUUUGUUUUGGACUGAUUAUGCUAGUUCGAACUUCUGAGAA